CCCCACCCGCUGCCCGCCGCAGCCACCCGGGAGCCCGCGACAUCCCGACAACUUGCUCGCCGUGGCGCAACUGGUCUCGGCCGCUGAGGCUACAGCACGCCGGCCGGGGAAGAAACCUGGAGGGACAAAAGCAGUGUCAACAAUGAAUAGGCCACCUGUCACGACCAACUACAGAUGACCUGCCGUUUUCUUUACAAAGAUGUCGUCAACUGGUGAAAAUGGAGACACCAUACCUGGAAAACAAAACGAAGAAAAAACCUACAAAAAGACCGCAUCGUCGGCUAUUAAAGGUGCUAUUCAGCUGGGCAUAGGAUACACAGUGGGGAACCUCACUUCCAAGCCAGAGCGCGAUGUCCUCAUGCAAGACUUUUAUGUGGUGGAAAGCGUGUUCCUACCCAGUGAAGGUAGCAAUCUCACCCCGGCACAUCACUACCCAGACUUCAGGUUUAAGACCUAUGCUCCACUGGCCUUCCGUUACUUCCGAGAACUCUUCGGUAUCAAGCCUGAUGAUUACUUGUACUCCAUCUGUAGUGAACCUCUGAUAGAACUGUCCAAUCCUGGAGCCAGUGGGUCCUUGUUUUUUGUGACCAGCGAUGAUGAAUUUAUUAUCAAAACCGUUCAGCACAAGGAAGCAGAGUUCUUGCAGAAGUUGCUGCCGGGAUAUUACAUGAAUUUAAACCAGAACCCAAGGACUCUUCUGCCAAAAUUCUAUGGGCUGUAUUGCAUGCAGUCAGGGGGCAUCAACAUCCGUAUUGUAGUAAUGAACAACAUCUUGCCGCGUGCCAUGAAGAUGCACCUGACCUAUGACCUGAAAGGCUCCACCUACAAGCGAAGAGCAUCCCGAAAGGAGAGAGAGAAACCCAACCCCACGUUUAAGGACCUGGAUUUCCUGCAGGACAUGCAUGAGGGGCUGUAUUUCGACACAGAAACAUACAAUGCCCUUAUGAAGACACUGCAGAGAGACUGCCGGGUGCUGGAAAGCUUCAAGAUCAUGGACUACAGCCUUUUGCUGGGCAUCCACAUCUUGGACCAUUCCCUUAAAGACAAAGAAGAGGAGCCCUUACAAAAUGUGCCCGACGCAAAGCGGCCAGGGAUACAGAAAGUCCUCUACUCCACGGCCAUGGAAUCCAUUCAGGGUCCAGGCAAGCCUGCAGAUGGGAUCAUUGCGGAGAAUCCAGACACAAUGGGAGGCAUUCCAGCUAAAAGCCAUAAGGGAGAAAAGCUGCUUUUAUUCAUGGGCAUUAUUGAUAUUCUCCAGUCAUAUAGGUUGAUGAAGAAGUUAGAACAUUCCUGGAAAGCUCUUGUUUAUGAUGGGGACACUGUUUCAGUUCAUAGACCAAGUUUUUAUGCAGAUAGAUUUUUAAAGUUUAUGAAUUCCAGAGUUUUCAAGAAAAUUCAAGCUCUGAAGGCCUCGCCUUCUAAGAAACGGUGCAACUCCAUUGCCGCAUUGAAGGCGACCUCCCAGGAGAUUGUGUCCUCUGUCACUCAGGCCUGGAAGGACGAGAAGCGGGAUCUGUUAACUGAAGGAACAAGUUUCAGCAGCCUGGAUGAGGAAGCCCUGGGAUCCCGACACAGGCCAGACCUGGUACCCAGCACUCCAUCAUUAUUCGAAGCUGCUUCCUUAGCGACUACAAUCUCAUCAUCUUCUUUAUAUGUCGGUGAACACUGUCCACAGGACAGGACCACGCUUUAUUCAAACAGCAAAGGGUUACCUUCCAGUUCAACCUUCACCUUGGAAGAGGGGACCAUCUACCUGACUGCUGAGCCAAAUGCCCUGGAGAUGCAGGACGACACUGCCUCCGUGCUGGAUGUCUAUCUAUAAGUGAAAGUCGUAACCACCGAAGCAAAUGGAUGGGACCUCAUCACAGCUGUGGGAGAGAAUCUUCCCCACUGCAGAAUUCUCCUGAGGAACCUAGCUGAGCCCCGGCACCCACAGUAAGACUCAGCUGGACCUUGGAGCUCGUGAGAUGUCGAGGGAGCCUUGGUCCGUGGCUGAUCCGCUGGUGGAUGUGAGAACCCCACACUGUUCCGUGGCUGCUGCUGCUUGCUGACUGUGAAGACCUGCAUGAACUCUACUUACGCUGCUUUUCUAUACCAUUGCCAAUCACCUCUCUGGACGGGGAAGUGCUAUUUUCCUAGAGGCUCUUGCAUUGUUCCAUUCUGCAUGCACAUAGUGAUGACACAUAGCAACAUGUGGAA